CACUCUCCUUUGCUUCACCCUCCUUUGCUUCACCCUCCUUUGCUUCACCCUCCUUUGCUUCACCCUCCUUUGCUUCACCCUCCUUCGCUUCACCCUCCUUCGCUUCACCCUCCUUCGCUUCGCCCUCCUUUCCUUCACCCUCUUUUGCUUCACCCUCCUUUGCUUCACCCUCCUUUGCUUCACCCUCCUUUGCUUCACCCUCCUUUCCUUCACCCUCCUUUGCUUCACCCUCCUUUGCUUCAUCCUCCUUUGCUUCACCCUCCUUUCCUUCAACCUCCUUUCCUUCACCCUCCAUUCCUUCACCCUCAAUUGCUUCACCCUCCUUUGCUUCACCCUCCUUUGCUUCACCCUCCUUUGCUUCACCCUCCUUUGCUUCACCAUCCUUUGCUUCAUCCUCCUUUGCUUCAUCCUCCUUUGCUUCACCCUCCUUUCCUUCACCCUCCUUUCCUUCACCCUCCUUUGCUUCACCCUCCUUUGCUUCACCCUCCUUUGCUUCACCCUCCUUUCCUUCACCCUCCUUUGCUUCACCCUCCAUUCCUUCACCCUCCUUUGCUUCACCCUCCUUUGCUUCACCCUCCUUGCCUUCACCCUCCUUUGCACCUCCAUCCUUCUUGUUGUCUUCCACCUUACCUGCUUCUCCCUCCAUAACCCCUUCUCCGUCCCCACUCUUUGCACCUUCAGCAACUUCAGCUCCUUGCCCUUCAAUUUUCUUCUCCUCAUCCCCUCCUGUUUCCUUCACCUCCUUUCCGUCCUUUUCCUUCACCUCCUCUCCGUCCUUUUCAUACACCUCCUCUCCUCCCUUUUCCUUCACCUCCUCUCCUCGAUUUUCCUUCUCCUCCUCUCCUCCCUUUUCCUUCUCCUCCUCUCUUCCCUUUUCCUUCACCUCCUCUCCUUCCUUUUCUUUCACCUCCUCUCCUCCCUUUUCCUUCUCCCCCUCUCCUCCAUUCUCCUUCACUUCCUCUCCUCCCUUUUCCUUCACCUCCUCUCCUUCCGUUUCCUUCACCUCCUCUCCUCCAUUUUCCUUCUCCUCCUCUCCUCCCUUUUCCUUCUCCUCCUCUCUUCCCUUUUCCUUCACCUCCUCUCCUUCCUUUUCCAUCUCCUCUCCUCCCAUUUCCUUCACCUCCUCUCCUCCCUUUUCCUUCACCUCCUCUCCUCCCUUCUCCUUCUCCUCUCCUCCCUUUUCCUUCUCCCCCUCUCCUCCCUUCUCCUUCACUUCAUCUCCUCCCUGUUCCUUCUCAUCUCCUCCCUUUUCCUUCAAUUCCUCUCCUCCCUUUUCCUUCACCUCCUCUCCUCCCUUUUCCUUGUCCUCCUCUCCUCCCAUUUCCUUCACCUCCUCUCCUCCCUUUUCCUUCACCUCCUCUCCCCCCUUUUCCUUCACCUCCUCUCCUCCCUUUUCCUUGUCCUCCUCUCCUCCCUUUUCCUUCACCCCCUCUCCUUCCUUUUCCUUCAUCUCCUCUCCUCGCUUUUCCUUCACCUCCUCUCCUCCCUUUUCCUUCACCUCCUCUCCUCCCUUUCCCUUCUCCUCCUCUCCUCCCUUUUCCUUCUCCCCCUCUCCUCCCUUUUCCUUCUCCUCCUCUCCUCCUGUUUCCUUCACCUCCUCUCCUUCCUUUACCUUCUCCUCCUCUCCUCCUGUUUCCUUCACCUCCUCUCCUUCCUUUACCUUCACCUCCUCUCCUCCCUUUUCCUUCUCCUCCUCUUCUUCCUUUUCCUUCUUCUCCUCUCCUCCUGCUUCCUUCACCUCCUCUCCUCCCAUUUCCUUCACCUUCUCUCCUCCCUUUUCCUUCUCCUCCUCUCCUCCCUUUUCCUUCACCUCCUCUCCUCCCUUAUCCUUCACCUCCUCUCCUCCCUUCUCCUUCACCUCCUCUCCUCCCUUUUCCUUCUCCUCCUCUCCUCCCUUUUCCGACACCUCCUCUCCUCCCUUUUCCUUCACCCCCUCUCCUCCCUUUUCCUUCUCUUCCUCUCCUCCCUUUUCCUUCACCUCCUCUCCUCCCUUCUCCUUCUCUUCUCCUCCCUUUUCCUUCGCCUCCUCUCCACCCGUUUCCUUCUCCUCUCCUCCCUUCUCCUUCACCUCCUCUCCUCCCUUUUCCUUCACCUCCUCUCCUCCCUUUUCCUUCUCCACCUCUCCUCCCUUCUCCUUCACUUCCUCUCCUCCUUUUUCCCUCUCCUCUCCUGCCUUUUCCCUCUCCUCUCUUCCCUUUUCCGUCACCUCCUCUCCUCCCUUUUCCUUCACCUCCUCUCCUCCCUUUUCCUUCUCUUCCUCUUCCCCCUUUUCCUUCACCUCCUCUCCUCCUUUUUCCUUCUCCUCCUCUCCUCCCUUCUCCUUCACUUCCUCUCCUCCCUUUUCCCUCUCCUCUCCUGCCUUUUCCUUCUCUUCCUCUCCUCCCUUUUUCUUCACCUCCUCUCCUCCCUUUUCCUUCUCCGCCUCUCCUCCCUUCUCCUUCACUUUCUCUCCUCUCUUUUCCUUCUCCUCUCCUGCCGCUUCUUUCACCUCAUCUCCUUCCUUUCUCUUCUCCUCCUCUUCUCCCUUCUCCUUCUCCUCCUCUUCUUCCUCCUCGUCUCCCUUCGUCUCCCUCAGUCCACCAGCCUUCAACUCAAGCCCUCUCGACCCCUUCCCAUG